AUGGAAGAGCUAUUGUUCCUCAAAGCACUUCUUUCCCUCUACUUUAUAGCUUCAUGCAAUGGAUCAUGCUCAGAUCUUAAUUUUGGCAAGGAUGGCUGCUGCAUUAGAUCUCCAGCCACUAAUUGUUAUAAUAAUGAAGAUUAUUGCUCCUGUGAUCAGGAAUGCUAUGCCCAAGGCAACUGCUGCCAUGACAUUGCAACUACUGGCUGUUACCCUGAAGGAGUUACAAAAUGUAACUAUGAUUCAGACAUUCGUCUUGUUGGUGGAUCUAACGAUAAUGAAGGAAGAGUUGAAGUGUGUAGUAAUGGUUUCUGGGGUACUGUCUGUGACGAUCUCUGGGGACCUCCUGAUGCUGCAGUUGUGUGUAGGCAGUUAGAAAUCGAUGGAAUUUCUAUUGCUCGUACUCGUGCUUAUUUUGGUGCUGGUACUGGUCCUAUUAACAUGGACAAUGUUAGGUGUACUGGAAAUGAAGAUACACUUGUCAACUGUACUUACUCAUCUACUCAUGACUGUGGCCAUUCUGAAGAUGCUGGUGUUACUUGUGGUGUAACUCCUCAGUGUAAUAAUUCAGACAUUCGUCUUGUUGAUGGAUCUAAUGAUAAUGAAGGAAGAGUUGAAGUAUGUUUUAAUGAAUAUUGGGGUACUGUCUGUGAUGAUUAUUUUUGGACAACCUAUGAUGCUGCUGUUGUCUGUAAACAGCUAGGAAUUAAUGGAGUUUCUGUGCCUCGAAGUACCACGUACUUUGGUCCUGGCACUGGUCCUGUUAACAUUGGUUAUGUAUCCUGUACUGGAAAUGAAAACAGCCUUUUUCAAUGUGAUGUGAUUUAUGAUUUGACCUGUAAACAUUCCUAUGAUGUUGGUGUUACUUGUGGUUUACCACCUAUAUGUAAUAACACUGACAUUCGUCUUGUUGGUGGAUCUAAUGAUAAUGAAGGAAGAGUUGAAGUGUGUUUCAAUGAAAAAUGGAGUACUGUCUGUGAUGAUGACUGGGACAGUGAUGAUGCUGCAGUUGUAUGUAGGCAGUUAGGAAUUGAUGGAGUUGCUAUUGCUCGUACUGAUGCUUAUUUUGGUGCUGGUAGAGGUCCUAUUAACAUGGACAAUGUUCAGUGUACUGGAAAUGAAGGAUUACUUGUCAACUGUACCUAUCGACCUAAUCAUAAUUGUUUCCAUUUUGAAGAUGCUGGUGUUACUUGUGGUGCAACUUCUCAGUGUAAUAAUUCAGACAUUUGUCUUGUUGGUGGAUCUAAUGAUAAUGAAGGAAGAGUUGAAGUGUGUAGUAAUGGAACAUGGGGUACUAUUUGUGGCAAUAGUUGGGACAGUGAUGAUGCUAUUGUUGUAUGUAGGCAACUGGGUCUAGGAUCAACUGGCAUACAUAGGAUUGGAUACUUUGGCCCUGGAUCAGGCAGUAUUGUAAUGGCUAAUGUACAAUGUAAUGGGACUGAAGAUCUAUUAUUUAAUUGUCUCCAUUAUACUACUCAUCAAUGUAGUCACAGUCAAGAUGCUGGAGUCAGUUGUAGCGCUACAAGUGGCUGUACUUCUGGUAGCAUUCGUCUUGUUGGUGGAUCUAAU